GCGGCGACUACCGAGGGAGGUGAGGGGCGGGCCGGGCGGGUGUCCGAGGCGGCGGCGGCGGCGGCGGCGGCAUGGCAGGGCGGCGGGUGAACGUGAACGUGGGCGUGCUGGGCCACAUCGACAGCGGCAAGACAGCGCUGGCGCGGGCGCUAAGCACCACAGCCUCCACCGCCGCCUUUGACAAGCAGCCGCAGAGCCGCGAGCGCGGCAUCACGCUCGAUCUGGGCUUUUCGUGCUUCUCGGUGCCGCUGCCCGCGCGCCUGCGGUCGUCUUUGCCCGAGUUCCAGGCAGAGCCCGAGCCCGGCGAGCCACUGCUUCAGGUCACGCUGGUCGACUGCCCCGGGCACGCCUCCCUCAUCCGGACCAUCAUCGGCGGGGCCCAGAUCAUUGAUCUGAUGAUGCUGGUCAUCGAUGUGACCAAGGGGAUGCAGACCCAGUCAGCGGAAUGCCUUGUGAUCGGCCAGAUUGCCUGCCAGAAGCUGGUCGUGGUGCUGAACAAAAUAGACCUCUUAGCUGAAGGAAAGAGACAGGCAGCAAUUGAUAAAAUGACCAAGAAAAUGCAGAAGACCCUAGAGAACACCAAGUUCCGAGGUGCACCGAUUAUACCCGUGGCGGCCAAGCCGGGGGGACCAGAGGCCCCUGAAACUGAAGCUCCACAGGGCAUUCCAGAGCUCAUUGAGCUCCUGACGUCCCAGAUUUCCAUCCCAACGAGAGACCCCUCGGGACCGUUCCUCAUGUCUGUGGACCACUGUUUCUCCAUCAAAGGCCAAGGCACUGUGAUGACAGGGACCAUCCUUUCAGGCUCCAUCAGCCUCGGUGACAGUGUGGAGAUCCCUGCCCUCAAGGUGGUGAAGAAGGUGAAGUCCAUGCAGAUGUUCCACAUGCCCAUCACUUCAGCCAUGCAAGGAGACCGGCUGGGCAUCUGCGUCACCCAGUUUGACCCUAAGCUGCUGGAGCGCGGGUUGGUGUGUGCCCCCGAGUCCCUGCACACUGUCCAUGCGGCCCUCAUCUCUGUGGAAAAGAUACCGUAUUUCCGGGGGCCCCUGCAAACCAAGGCCAAGUUCCACAUUACAGUGGGCCAUGAAACAGUCAUGGGCCGGUUGAUGUUCUUCAGUCCUGCUCCAGAUAACUUUGACCAGGAGCCUAUACUGGACUCUUUCGACUUCUCUCAAGAAUACCUUUUCCAGGAGCAGUACCUGUCCAAAGAUUUGACACCAGCAGUGACAGACAAUGAUAAGGCCGACAAGAAGGCCGGCCAGGCCACAGAGGGCCAUUGUCCUCGGCAGCAGUGGGCCCUGGUGGAGUUUGAGAAGCCCGUCACCUGCCCUCGGCUGUGCCUGGUGAUUGGCUCCAGGCUAGAUGCGGACAUUCACACCAACACGUGCCGGCUAGCCUUCCAUGGCAUCCUGCUCCACGGGCUAGAGGACAGGAACUACGCCGACAGCUUCCUGCCCAGGCUGAAGGUGUACAAGCUGAAGCACAAGCAUGGCCUCGUGGAGCGGGCGAUGGAUGACUACAGUGUGAUCGGCCGCUCCCUGUUCAAAAAGGAGACCAACAUCCAGCUCUUCGUGGGGCUCAAGGUGCACCUGUCCACUGGGGAACUGGGUAUCAUCGACAGUGCCUUCGGCCAGAGCGGCAAGUUCAAGAUCCACGUCCCAGGUGGCCUCAGCCCCGAGUCCAAGAAGAUCCUGACACCCGCCCUCAAGAAGCGGGCCCGGGCUGGCCGUGGGGAGGCCACCAGGCAGGAGGAGAGCGCCGAGCGGAGCGAGCCCUCACAGCACGUGGCGCUCAGCCUGACUUUCAAGCGUUACGUCUUCGACACCCACAAGCGCAUGGUUCAGUCUCCCUGAGUGUCCGGUGACCUCCCCGAGGGCCUCCUUGCCCAGCCCAGUCCAGGCUGCUGUGCCAAAUCCCAACCAGCCAUGCCUCAGCCUCUCCCAGUCUCUCCCUGCAGUCCUGCAGCAGCAGCCCCCACCCCCAAGCUUGGUGCUGAGCCCUGGUGAGGAGCUGAGGGGGAUGGGUUGCCGGGGCCAGGAGGGUCUAUCCUCCAGCCCCUGCACACUCCCACCCAGGACAGCCCCCAGCCCAACUAGGAAAGGGCCAUGGGCAGAGGGCUGGUAGCCAGUAUCUUCCACUGCCCCAUCUGUUGGCCACCUGCAGGCCAGUCUCAACCCUCCGCCAGGUGGGCAGGCACUUGAUGGCUACAAAUAAAUGUCCCGUGGCCCCAGCCCACUCUACUGGUGUCUCUCUCUCUGUGACUUCACUAGGGCCGCCGCCCUCCCCAGCUGUGUUCCAAGGGGAAUCUCAGAGAAAUCCCAAGAGUUCCUGCCCAGGUUGGGGCCAGGGAAGGGACCCAAACUCAGAGUCUGUGGGCUGUGGGAGUCUGCAGAGUGUCUGCGCUUCUCAACCCCACUAGGUGGCUCCUGGGGCGCUCUGGGCCUUCAGGGAGAAUGGGGAUUCUCUGGGCAGCUGGGUCCAGAGAAGGUACCCACAGGGGAGUUGGGGAAUAGCAGGGUGCCUGGCCAGAGCGUCAGGCAGAGCAGGUGGAGGCUUGCUCCUCCACCCCAACACGAGGAGUCCCUCAGCCCCUGCCCUCAAGUUUGAGAACCACAUACUUCCCAGAAAGUGGAGGCUAGCAUGGUGAGGGCACCCUGCAGAGCCAUCUGCCAUCCCCUGCACCCACAGACCACCCUGCCUUGUAGCCCCAGGCUGUGGGGUACUCAGGAAGGGGUGAAUGGUGGAGUCAACAGACUGAGGGGAAAUCAAAGCUUUUAGAGACAUUUGUAGGAUGAACAGAUGUUCAAACGUUCCUUUAUUUGGUCUCCAGACAGACGCAGAGGCCUCCCUUUUAUCCCAGUAAUCGGUGCAUUAUGCUUUAAUUUGCAAAUGGCAUUAAAAAUAUUAACAGGG